UUGGCUGGUGGGCGGAUACGUCAGCACCUCACUCCGCUUAUGCCUGCUCCCGUGGAUUGUGGCGGUCAGAAGAAAUAAGUGAUGUAUCACAGGUUAUGCACGAGACUGAUAGAACUUUUGAAACCACUUCCUCGGUGUACUGCGUUAAAAAGCGUGAAAAGCAGCUGCUCUCCAAACCGCGUCACUGGAAAAACAUCAUUCAUACUGGAAUCCUAAAGUAUGUUUUAAUAUGUGCUAGCGCGUUUUGUAUCUAUACGGCAUUCAAUCGUCUGGAGACCUUUUUCUGUCUUUGCAACAUGACUUUUAAAUGUGUCUUUUUGACGCACCUGAUACUGCUUUGGGUUGGAUCCGAACCUGGCGCAUCUGAAGCUGUUUGGAGAAGUGCGCGCGACAGCACGACAGACGCGCUCGUGGCCACAGAUGCGCUCUCAGAGCAUAUGUUUAAACUGUAUGAGAAGUACAACAUUGAACCUAACCGACUCAAAGAGGGAAAUACUGUAAGAAGUUUUAAAGCAAAACCUGAGAAUGUGGAGCAGAGGGCCUCGUACUGGCUGAAUCUUACUUCCCUUCAGGGGUCCGAGGUGAUUCUCACAUCUACGUUUCACUUCUUUUUUGACAAGCGGCCACGCCAGAGGUCCUGGUUCUGCAAGCGCUCCAAGAACCCCUCUUGUCGCAUCCCGAACUUCCAUCUGCUACCUUCUGUCCGUCUACUUUUCCGGUCUCGCUCCUUCAGCUCAGCCCCUGGAUCACUGCUCGGAAACAUCACCGCAGUUCCUCACAGACGUGGGACCUGGCAGAGCAAGGAUGUGUCUGUCAUUAUAAAGGAGGCCCGAGAUAAGAAUCACCUUUUGAUCACUGUGGAGUUUGACUAUGGAGAGCAGUAUCAAAGGUAUCAGGACCAGCUCUCACCUUCCAGCCUUCCAUACUUGCUGGUUUAUGCUAAUGACCUGGCCAUUUCAGAGCCCAACAGUGUGGCUGUGAGCCUACAGAGAUAUGACCCUUUCAUUGCAGACCAGCAGCCAACUCAAUCUCCAGACUCCUUACCUGACAUACGUGUGAAGCGGGAACUGGAAACGGACUUCUCUGAUCCCAUUGAGAACAACGAGCUCCCGGAGGUGGAGUACAACAGCUUCAAACAGCACGAUAUGUGGGAAAGUGCUUACUUUGCGCUCAAGCCAAAGCCUUUUAAAAAAGAACGUCGGAGGAAAGGCCAGGAGCACACUGAUGGAUUCAGCAAGUCUCAGGUUCUCCGGUUUGAUGAGAAAACCAUGAAGAAGGCCCGGAGGAGACAGUGGAAAGAACCUCGCAGCUGUUCCAGGAGGUACCUGAAGGUGGACUUUGCAGAUAUCGGCUGGAACGAAUGGAUCUUGUCUCCCAAGUCUUUCGAUGCCUUCUACUGUGCGGGAACGUGUGAAUUCCCCAUUCCAAAGGUGGUCCGCCCCUCCAACCACGCAACCAUCCAGAGUAUAGUCAAGGCCGUUGGGAUAAUUCCAGGUAUCCCAGAGCCCUGCUGCGUCCCCGAGAAGAUGAAACCACUCAGUGUACUAUUUCUGGAUGAGAGCAAAAACAUUGUAUUGAAGAUCUACCCCAACAUGUCUGUGGAGACGUGCGCUUGUAGAUAGACUUGCUGCUCACAGGAAAAAAAAGACAAAUGGGCAUUGUUGUGGUUUUGACAUCCGAAUUUACCUUGAAGAGGCAUAUUGUCUUUAGCUUGCACUCGUUAGAAAGUGCACACAUUUUUAAGGACUGCAUUUCAUCUUUUAUAAAUGCUUAUCUGUGAUAUUUUCAUUUCCUCUGUUUAUUGUCGUAAACAUUUUUCAUUGUACUAGAUGAGUAACAUGAGCACUUACUCUUACACUUAUUGCUUAAAUUGUCAGCUUUGUAAGCUCCAUGACAUAAAUGGCUGUUGGACUUAUGCUUGUAGAUUACUGGAUAUACAGUAAGGUUUUAUAGCAAACCCUUUCCUUUGGCAGAACUGUUGAAUUACAUUGGAAAGUACAUUAGAAUAAAGAAUUAUUCUGUUAUUGAGUUGAAUGUUGGGUGUAGUGGCAAGUUAAGUUAACACCUUGGUGUAUAUUAAAAAUGUAAGUGUAAUUUGAUAUUUGGUUAAUUUAAAAUCAUAAAUGACGAAUUAGUGUACAUGUGAAAAAUGUGAACCCUUUAAGCAUUUACAUCAAACAGUUAGCAUGACUGCAAAGCAGUCUCAUAGUAAUUAAUCUAAACUUUUAUAUAUAAAAGUUAGUUUUGUUAGAAAACUAAGAAGCAAAAUUUUAACAACUACAUUUUGAAAAUGGCUAAUCGCUAAGGUUACUGAUAGCUAGUGCUGACUAGUUUUUCCUGUGCAUUUUUUUUUACUUUAAGAGAAGUUAUACAAUGUUCCUUUUUCCUCAUUCAGACAUGUUUGAUGAUCUUGGUGUGGUGCCAUAUUCAAGGCAUAUUUUGGCCAAAUGUGUCAGUGUGUAUAAACAAUUGUUCAUUUGGAUUCAAUAUAUUAUAUUUUAGAGAAUGUAUUUUUGUAAAUGUGUGUUUUAAAUUAUGACAACUAGCCUUAUAAGUAGAAUAAAAUAUACGUUAAACCA